AUGGCAUCCCAUCCCGCCAUGUUACUGGACCCGAAAGGUGCCAAGAGACAAGCCCAAGCCAAUGGUAAUCACUCCAAUUCCUACUCCCCUUCGUAUGCCUUCCCCUCCGUGGAUUCUUCUCCCAAUGAGGCCGGCGAGCCACCCAAGGAUUCUCCUAGCCCCUUGAACCGCUCUUCUGACCCCGCUUUGCCUCUUUCUCCUGGCUCAUCCGAGAUUUUCUCUUCUGCUUUUUCUUUGCCUGCAAUGGAUCCCCCGGACAUGGUCCAUGCCCCAGGUGGGGCCGAGGCUGAGACUUGCACGCCUGUUAUGUCCCAGCAAGACUUGGAGAGCAUACUAGCAAAUGUACCCGACAUCGCCGAAAAGGAUACGCCUGCGAUCUCCCAGAUGGAUUCCCAGGCACUGGUUGAACCACUUUCUGUUCCUGUCGACUCUGCAAGCAAUCCUGUUAUCAACAUUGGAUCCGAGGGCAUACCUGCAGAUUCUCUUUACUCAGGCUUGACUCGUAUUCUUCCCGACUCACAGGGUGAUGUGGUCAAUAUGCUCGCAGAGUCGACAUGUCCAGCCUCGGAGUCUCCUCGGCAGAUGUCAUUUGGCCCGCAAAUCCUCCCAGCGAUGGCCAACAUUUCUUCAGAAGAAUCAGCGUUCCAGGGCUUACUUUUCGAUCACACAGGAAAACAAUCAAUGGCACCCGCGGGUACUGCAACUGUUACACGGCGUCAUGGGCCAGCACCCCGGACGCCGAUCACCGUUGAUUCGGGACCUUUGAGUCCGCCCGCACAGACAUCAGACAGCCUGGAAGUACAAUUUUCCACUACUCAAGAUGAAGAAAACGAGAGCGACGCCAAGCGCAGCUACCACGAGCUAAGUGACGACGAAGAUACCCCCGACAGGCGCAAUUUGAUUGCCGAUGUGUACGGCGCGGAAGAACGCAAAAGGCAGAAUGUGAAACGAGUUAAGACAGCGAAUGAGCAGUCAGACGCAGCUAAUGCACAGAUCUCUAUGUCCGGGUCUAAUGGCCUCGGGAAAUGGAUGAAGGAGGGGGAGAAAACUCCAAGUUCAAGUGCUGUAUUUGACACCGUCGAUCUCACGAACGGUAAGGCCUCUUUCUUCGGGGUAUGGCAGUAUCUAACAAGUCUUUGUGUAUUAGACUUAGCAGACACCCCCAAAGACGACGAUGACGACGAUGAAAUUCAAUGCACGGGAUCAACCGAUCUCAGCACCCAGCGUGUUUGCUAUGGCAAAAUAGACGGUGCUUUGAUUCAAUCCUCCUUCGUCCCCAAACCAGCAGAUUCCUCAAUCUUCGUUGAUCAGAAUUCUUGGCCAUCCAUGAAAAUUGAAUUGAGCCGGCCCCCGAAUUCCAGGCAGGGUGACACUCAGAUCAAUGUCACUGAUCCUCACGGCUUCAUUUUUGGCAAAAUCGACCCCAAGACCGCACAGGGACUGUGUCCGCUUCUUGACGGUUAUGAAGUGAGCACCGUGGAUGUCACCGCUAGGUUGAACACUCGGAGAAAGCUCCCAGGCGAGGUCGUGUGGGCUCCGACGUCAGGCUUCUGGCAUACAACCAUAAAUGUUUAUGGGCAACGACAGAGGGCAGACGCCAUCGGGAAGUUCCUUUCCCAUCGCAAUAGCUGCGACGCCAAAACGCCGCCGCUGCUGCCGCCGCCGCCAGCGUGA